AGAUUAAGGUAACAGCAGGUGUAGCGAGCUCGCGCGCGCACUACACUACCCGUCAUCCCUGCAUGCAAUUGGCUCAUGUAUAUUUAUGAGGCUUUUCUGCAGUGAGGCGGCUAGAUAUUGAUGUCUUUCUGAACGGGUGGAGGCUUUCUUUGCUCGGAGAGAUUUCACUUCUUCCGCCCUCGUCCGGUCUUGUACCCGCUGCUCGCGCAUCCCGCGUCUCGAUGCAGAGGCUGGUCGCGCGUCACUAAUGGCAACCAGCGCGAGAGGAUGCGUGUGCCUUCCUGAGGGAGACGGAAAAUAGCGUAUUUUUAAGGAUUUCGCUUGUAUUUCUUUUAUAAAUUGGGAUUUAUAUGAUUCACUGAGAUUUCUGCACCCCAACUGAUGUGGGCAUGAUGGCUCUCCGUUUUGGGAUUUCCUUUCUGUGCCUCUACGUAGCGGUGAUGAGCUCUGAGAUACAUGCCAGCAUCUCACUGCCUCAAUAUGGAGACGCCUUGGUAAAGACGAGGGCUCGGCGUGAUGACGGCAGGUUCCUCGGGAUAGAGAACACGGUACCGGUCCGGUUGGUCUACCGAAUGGACGGAGACAGUCAGACUGCUCAUGAUGUACUAAACACUCGGGUCAGAAUGAGCACUGACAGUAAACAGAACCACGUGGCCCAGGCUAGCUUUCAGGUGCAGGCUUUCGGGAAGACCUUCGUUUUAGAUGUCGAACUGAACCAUGAUCUUCUAUCAUCAAAUUACAUUGAAAGGCAAAUAUCAGAGGAUGGGAAGUCAGUCGUCAUCAAAGGUGGAGAACAUUGUUAUUACCAUGGGAAAGUACGUGAUAUACUGAAGUCGUAUGUGGCGCUUUCAACCUGCCAUGGGUUACAUGGAAUGUUCUUUGAUGGGAAUCAUACAUACAUGAUUGAACCAGGAGGAGAGAAUAACAAGAGUGAGGAGGUUCGUGUUCAUAUGAUUUAUCAGUCUCCUGGUUUUGACCCCCCUGAGGACUUCAUAUCUGCUGAAUCACAGUUUAAGAACCCUUCACCGUUCAGUGCAUACCACACAAGAAAAAAGAGACAGAUAUCGCAAAAUCCACGGAGUGUUGCAGAUGAGACAAAAUAUAUUGAGCUGAUGGUUAUAAAUGAUCAUUUGAUGUACAAGAAACAUCGCCUUUCCGUCGGACAAACAAAUAACUAUGCCAAGUCUGUUGUAAAUAUGGCUGAUCUGUACUUUAAAGAACAACUCAACACUAGAAUUGUGUUGGUUGCUAUGGAGACAUGGGCAGCAGACAACAGGUUUAACAUCAAUGAUGACCCCAUGGUGACGUUACGAGAGUUUAUGAAGUACCGAAGAGACUUUAUCAAAGAAAAGAGCGACUCCGUUCACCUAUUCUCGGGAAAUCGAUUUCAUAGCAACUGGGGAGGAGCUUCUUAUAUGGGUGGCGUCUGCUCGCUCAUUAAAGGAGGUGGAGUCAAUGAGUAUGGAAAGACCGAGGAAAUGGCCAUAACUCUUGCGCAGUCACUGGGACAAAACAUUGGCAUCUUUUCUGAUAAGAAGCGGAUUUUAAAUGGGGAGUGCAAGUGUGAAGAUAAAUGGUCUGGCUGCAUAAUGGAUGAUGUUGGCUUCUACUUACCCAAGAGAUUUUCUGACUGUAAUGUGGAAGAGUAUCACGAUUUCCUCAACAGUGGGGGUGGUGGAUGUCUCUUCAACAAACCUUUAAAGCUUUUGGAUCCUCCCGAGUGUGGUAAUGGUUUUGUGGAGGCAGGAGAGGAGUGUGACUGUGGAAGCCCAGCUGAAUGUGCUAGAGAAGGAGAGGACUGCUGUAAGAGAUGCAUGUUGACUCAGGGAGCUAAAUGCAGUGAUGGUCUUUGCUGUAAAGACUGCCAGCUGGAGUUUAUGGGUGCGAUCUGUCGUGAAGCUGUCAAUGACUGCGACAUACCUGAAAUGUGCACUGGGAACUCCAGCCAGUGUCCUCCAAACCUACACAAAAUGGAUGGAUACACCUGUGAAAAAGAACAGGGACGAUGUUUCAAUGGCAGGUGUAAAACCAAGGACAGGCAAUGCAAGUACCUGUGGGGAGAAAAAGCAACAUCUGCGGAUAAGUUCUGCUAUGAGAAGCUGAACAUUGAGGGCACCGAAAAAGGCAACUGUGGACGAGACAAAGACACCUGGAUUCAGUGCAAAAAACAGGAUGUACACUGUGGAUAUCUGCUGUGCUCAAACAUUUCUCCAGCACCCAGACUAGGAGAAUUACAGGGUGGUUUGACGUCUUUCUCCGUGGCCAGGCAUAGCGCCUCAUUGGACUGCAGCGGAGGACAUGUGCUGAUUGACGGAGACACUGAUCUGGGAUAUGUGGAGGACGGAACGGCGUGCGGGACCGAUCGGAUCUGCUUCAACCACAAAUGUAUCCCGCUGCAGGAAUUCAACUUCAGUACUUGUCCCGGCACCAACGAAAGGGUGAUCUGCUCCGGACACGGGGUGUGUAGUAAUGAGCUCAGGUGUGUGUGUGACCUGGGCUGGGCAGGUGAGGACUGUAACUCCACCUCUCCUUUGAGUUACCUGUCUGUGCGACCCACAGCCAAAACAUCAGGUAUUGUCACUACUAACAUCAUCAUCGGGGCCAUUGCGGGCUCUAUCUUGGUCCUUGCACUGAUUCUAGGCAUUUCUGCAUGGGGAUACAAGAGCUACAGACAAGAUCAGGAUAUGCAAUCUGAAGUACACAGAAGAUUUUGUCGUCAAAUGCCAGCAGGUGAUUACGUGAAGAAGCCGGGAGAUGCUGAUUCACUUUACAGUGACAUGCCACAAGGCGUAAGCUCCAACUCUGGCAGCAGCUCCAAGAAGAGGUCUGCUUACCUGUCUCACCUCCAGAUCAACACCUGCUCUUUCACUCCCUCUAUCCCCUCCAUCAGUCAAAACAUCUCUCUGUUUGGCUUCAGAUCCAAUGGUUUGUCUCAUUCCUGGAGUGAAAGAAUCCCAGACGCCAAGCACAUUUCUGACGUCUGUGAAAAUGGGCGACCUAGGAGCAACUCGUGGCAAGGAAACAUCACAGGUUCACGUAAGAAGCUCAAGGGCAAGAAAUUCAGACCUCGCUCCAACUCCACAGAGUAUUUAACCCCUUGCAUCAAAUCAGAGUAUUAUGUAACUAAAUGGGUAGAAGAUGUGAAUAAAAACACUGAAGGACCUUUUAUUAGAACACUGUCUCCGGCCAAAUCACCCACCUCCUCGACGGGCUCCAUCGCCUCCAGCCGGAGAUACCCAUACCCCAUGCCUCCCCUUCCGGAUGAGGACAGGAAGGCCAACAGACAAAGUGCCAGGCUGUGGGAAACGUCAAUAUAAACAAACUCGACGACAACUUAAGGAUUUUCUUCUGCUUUUGUAUGGAUGAGGAAAUGAAAGAAAUAAGAAAAUGUGGAAUUAAACAAAUAAGGACGAGUAAA